UAAGAAUUAAGAACUAACGAGUUGGCAUUUAUUUUAAAUAUUAUUCCAGUGAGAUGCUUUUAUUGUUCUGGGGUCAACAAAUAAAUAAAAACUAGACUCAACUCUAAUAUCAAAAAAAAAAAAAAUAAUGUAUUAAUGUUUUAAAUAUAUUAGUUAAUAUUUAGAUUUUAAAUUUUUGUACAUCCGAAAAACAAUAUUUGAUACAAAUUGCAAAGAUAUAUUCACUGCUCUGUAAUAUUUGAAGCCGGACUACAAUUAUGAUCAUAAAAUUUUAAAAUAUAUAUAUUUCUUAAUAAAUUAUAAGUUGUAAAAGUGAUGUAAUGUAAUUAAUUUUUAAUAUUUUAUAUUUCUACAUAAUAAUAUACAUUCAUAUAGUAAAUUUAUUUGUGUUUUAACAUUUGUAUGAUUAAAUGGAAAUAUAUAGUACAAAUAUAAUUAUAUGAAAAAAGUUUCUCACGUAGAUUUUGAAAUUUUAAUGUUUUUAUAAUGAAAUAUUUAAUCUAUUUUUAAACCGUCUCAUAUUGGUCUAAGUUUGAAUCUUAUAUUUUUAUAAUCGAAAAGAGAUAUAUAAUCCUUUUCAUAAUAAUCUAAAUAUUUUUAUGUUUGUUGGAAUUAAUAACUAACCAAAAAGUACAAUGUUUCUUUAAUAUAUAUAUAUCAACUAUAACAUAACCCACCAUGCUAUUAAAUAAUUUUAAAUAUUAAAUAAUUAGAUUUUUAUUAAGUUAAAAUACAAUUAAUAUUUAUUUUAAUAAUAGAUUUAUAAUAGAUUAUCAUUAAGAAUAUUAAUUUUAUAAAUUAAAUAUAAUUAAUAUUAAUUUAAAUGUUACAUUUAUACUAUUUAUUUUAAUAUGAAGUAUAUUAAAAGUAUGUGGGUUUUCACACUAAUAUUAAUAACUCAUAAUUAAAAAGUAAAGUAAUGUAUAACGGAAACAAUUUUUUGGCUAAAUAUGACUUUUUAUGAAUCAGAGAGAAUAUAUUCUAAGGAAAACUAUUCGUUUAUACAAAAUUCAACUAGUUUUAUCAAUAAAUAAAUAAGUGCCCCAGAUAGUACCACCUUAAUUAUCUUAUCAAAUGAGAUUCGCGUGUGGUAUAUGCUUGUGGUAUAUGCUUAGUUGCUUACAAUUUAGUUUACAAACAUAAGAUUCCUCGUUAUAAUUUUUGUAUUGUGUUUGUGAUGUGACAACAGAGAUUUAUUUGUUUAUUUGGUCAAUAGUACUAUCUAUCUAUAUAUAUAUAUAUACGUGUGUGUGUAUGUCGCAGGUCAUUAGUAUUUCAUCAGUGGUUCCGUACAAUCCCAACCAAAAUAGAAUCAAGAGAAAAAGAUAAAAAUUUGUCUUUAAUCAACAAAAAUGCAUGCAUUGGACACUCCAUUGUUCCCAAACUGUCAGUGGGGGUCGAUGGUAGAAUACGAGAGCUACAACGUCGUCGGAGAUAAGUACCAUAGCAACGACACGUUUCUUGAUUUUCCAGUACCGAAGACGGUUCAUCAUCAGCCCAGCUUAGGGGUUUCUGUUCCGUCUGAGAGAAAUGGAACAGACAACGAUUCGGUCAUGAUCAAAAAGCUUAAUCACAAUGCUAAUGAGCGUAACCGUCGCAAGAAAAUCAACUAUUUGUUCUCAUCUCUUAGUUCAUGUCUUCCUGGCUCUAAUGAGACGAAGAAGCUAAGUAUUCCUCAGACGGUUUCACGGAGUGUGCAGUACAUACCGGAGCUGCAAGAGCAAGUGAAGAAACUAAAACAAAAGAAGGAAGACCUCUUGGUGCGAGUAUUGGGUCAAAGAGAACGUCACGUUAAGCCGCAACCAAAGGUGGUUGCUAGUGAUGUCUCCACCGUUUUUGCAACUAUGCUUAGAGACAACGAAGUAAUGGUCCAAAUCUCGUCGUCCAAGAUUCACAAUUUUUCAAUAUAUCAUGUGCUUAGUGGAUUAGAAGAAGAUGGGUUUGUUCUCGUCGAUGUUUCGUCUUCGAGUUCUCGGGGAGAACGACUCUUCUACACUUUGCAUCUUCAAGUGGACAAGAUUGAUCAUUACAAGCUAAUUUGCGAAGAGUUAAGUCAAAGGGUUUUGUACCUGUAUGAGAAAUGUGGAAACUCGUUUAAAUGAUAAAAUGUUUAUGUUCGAUCCGUUUUACUGUGUCGUCCUUUUCAUUACAAUAAAUUUUACGUUUAUUAGUUUACAGGAAUAAAUUAGUUGAUUUUGAUGUUUUAAUAAGAAAAUGAGAGAGAUAAAGUGUGUUUAGAAGAUUUGUCGGUGUGUGGACAAAAAAGCAAAAUAUCGGUGAGCAGUUGAAACUUAUUUAUUUAAUUGUUGGUCCUACCAUUUAAAGACUUAAUCACGAAUCAUUAAAUAAUGAGAAGCCGUUUGUUUGUCUAUCCAUCGAUCUUGGAGAUAUAUGUAAAGAAGUACGCAUUAGGUAGAUUGCAAAACUAACCAAAAAAUAGUGUUGGGUAUUUAUACCGCCCUUGGAUAUUAUAAAGUCUUGCGACAGAUAAUUAUUUUAGAAUAAACAUAAUUAUCCCACUGUCAAUAAUAUCUUUCUUUGUCAAAAGUAAUUAUUAUAGAUAGUGCCUACUUGGAUAUAUGAUAAACUAAGCUUUUCUAUUCUGAUUUGCCCUAAAUCGAUAGUACCUUUACAUGAAGAUCAUCGACCGUUGUUAAUUGAAUGAAUAGUAACCAGCCUGACAUUUAUGUAAUAUAUUAAUUCAAUGAGAUAAAUUUUAUUGUUUUGGGGUCAACAAAUAAACAAAUUGAUUAUGUAUAUGCUAACAACAUAAAAUUGUAUACAUGAUCAUUUUGUUUACUUGUUGACCCCUAACUCAUAAAAGUAUGUCUUUGCUUGCUUUGCCGUACAAACAUCAGAAUUAUUACAGAGGUAUACUAUACUAUGCACAACGUUUUUUUCUUGUGACUAAAUUAAAAACUAUUGGAACUCUCGCCUCAGCGGUAAUAAGCACCGCAGUUUCAUCAGGAAAUAAUCACUAGGGCCUAAUAAUCACAAAGGUAAUUCUCGUAAAUAGACUAUUUUUAAGUUUUGGUCACAAAUAUAAAAUAUUUCAUUUAAUAGGUAAAAUGACACCAAUACCCUAGAUAUAUAUAUAAAAAAAAAAAUAAUAAUUUUUUUAUAGUUUUAGAUUAUAU